GGCGAGAGGCCACGCUAUUCGGUCUCGCUCGGGCGAGGACGCACACCGCGUCUCGGCCACAAUGAUCAGCUCUGUUGCUGAUCUGGCUUGGGAGGCCUGUCCAUCUUCCCCGCUCCUGGUCGUGCCCGUCUGCGUCCGACCAACGCAAGCACGUCCCUUCGCAUCCUGCGGAAGCGCCCGCAAGCAACCCUCAUGUGGGAAUCCAUAGUGAUUGAUUUGGACAAAGACAGCGAUGGCUUUGCGUCGAGCAGAGCCGGUCCCAGCAACGCCGAAUCUGCCCGCCGCUCCAGACCAAGUCGCAAGACAACCCCUGUGUUUGAUCUCACAUUAUCGGAUGAUGAGCCCGAUCCAAAGACAGAGACGGCACGUCCAAAGAGCAAUAGUGAGCUUAUUGCCCAAGCGGUCAAGGGGUUGCGCGAGAAGCUGUCCGUCGGCAUCGAUUCCAUAUCAACCGAAGACCCGCGCCCGGGCUCUGCGUCGUCCUUUCCGCUUGACGCUUCGCCACAGCAUGAACAGCUCAACGUCAAAUCCGAAAUUACAUCCAAGGACAUUCUGUCUGCCAUAUUUUAUGGAACCCCACUUGGGAGCCAUUCAUCCGGCGCCCCGCCAAAACAUUUACCGAGCAAAGAGUCAUCGAGCGUUCCGACUGAAGACCGACCGGCCAGCAUUCCCAGAAGCGUCUCGCAAAGACCAUAUGCAGGCAGUUUCCCGUUUGGCUCUUCCUUGGAUAUACUCCGAACCCAUCAGGGCAAGCGGGGCUUUGGCGAGCUCGAUCGAGAGUCGCCAGCGCACAAGUCCUGGCCAUCGCUCUCGGAUGAUAUCUCUGGCAAGAUGCCCAGCAUUUACUCCAACGGGCAGGUUGCCGGGUCAUCUUCGAGCAUAGCCGUCAGCGAGGGCCGUGAUCAGGCCACUGGAUCUUCAACUGAACAGCUCGAGAUCAUCCAGAUCGGCUCUGUGCCCAGCUUACGCAUCGAUGGUGCUCUGAGAAAUCCAGAGGACUCGAGAAGCUGCAGCCAUAACGAGCACAUACCCGCAGCUCAAGUUGGCGACGCUGCUGCCCCGAUUCGAUUAUAUCACGAUUAUCACGAUCCAAGUGAGGAUUUGCCAGCAAGCCUGCACUCAGCGGUUGCAAUCAUCGAUCUCGUACAAAGCCCACCCUUCAAGCGUAUACGGCUUGAGCAGCCCGAAGGCUCUGCAAGUCCCGUACCAAAGCCACUAUUACCGUCGUCGUCGCCAUCUUCGCCGCCGUAUUCGUUUAUGUCGCUUCUGCCACCCUCUUCUUCGCCAUCACCACCACCACCUCCGUAUUCGUUUCUAUCGCUUCCGCCACUAUCGUCGCCGCCGUUACCAGCUCUUCAAUCCCUUCCGCCACCAUCGCCGACACCGUCACUACCAUCGCCACCAUCGAUUUCAUCACCAUCACCAUCACCAUCACCAUCACCAUCACCAUCACCAUCACCAUCACCAUCACCAUCACCAUCACCAUCACCAUCACCAUCACCAUCACCAUCACCAUCACCAUCACCAUCACCAUCACCAUCACCAUCACCAUCACCAUCACCAUCACCAUCACCAUCACCAUCACCAUCACCAUCACCAUCACCAUCACCAUCACCAUCGCCAUCGCCAUCGCCAUCGCCAUCGCCAUCGCCAUCGCUAUCGCUAUCGCCAUCGCUAUCACUGUCACCGGUAUUCCUUUCGUCUUUAUCUCCACCAUCGCCGUCUCCACCAUCACCGUCGUCACCACAAGCAUCCUCACCACCGACAUCCUCGCCACCAACCUCUUUACCACCAACAUCGUCGCCACCCUCGACGUCGUCAUCAUCCUUGCCAUCGUUGCCGCCGCGGCUGGUGACAUCGCUGCCAUCGCUUUCAUCGCCAUCAUAUAUACCUCUGUCCAUCCUCUCGAGCCCCAGUGACUGCCAAUCUUUACUGCUACCGCCGAGUUCUAACGGAUCAGAGACUUCCGGCUUGAACGACCAUAAGGUGCCAAAAUUAUCACGAUCGAUUCUAACCCGGCUCAAGAAAGUACUUUCCCCCACAUCUGUUAGUAGUGCUCAUCUAUAUAUUAUGGCACUUUACUGGGAAUCGAUUGUGUUCUGGCAUGCGUUCUAUCUCUUGACCGAGGUGUAUUCGGUGGGCGGGGGAGGGCGAGUGAGUUUAACGAACCAGGUAUCAGAGCUCAGAUAGCCUUACCACCAUCCGUUUUGCUUGGCCGCCAGGGAGCCACGGAGCCAUUUCCAAUCGA